AUGAAGCAUCUGCGUGGCAAGGGUCGUCCAGGGGGAGGCACCCCAUCAUCAUAUGACGAGCUUUUACAGUCUGCACCACCCCAAGGAGAACGUUCAAAAGCCUUACCUGCCCAAGCUUCCCCCGAAGACUCCACAGCAUCAUCUAGCUCAAGGGUCCCCCGGCUGGCACCACCAGGUCCAGUCCAAGCAAGUACGCCAAGCAGCCCAAAACGAAAACGAGAUGCCGACCCUGAACGGUCAAAUCAACGGCGGAGGGAUGUUUCCCCUAUGAAAAGAAGAGCAAUUGAAGCUUCUGCAAUUGCGGGCCUUUCCUCACCCCGUCCCCGUCCUGAUAGCCGAAGACCACAACCAGAGUCACAAAACGUGGCAGCCACAUCACACUUGACUGCACGCCCAGAAAGAGGCUCGCCCACUGCCUCGUCGUCAGAUGCAGGACCACUUGAAGGCCUUGGUAUUCCAGAUCUCUUCCCGGUCCCAAACCCUUACCCACAAACUCCUCGUCGCGUCACCCGGGAGACUUCACAUCGUCCAGCAGAUGUAACAAAAUCGCCAGCGCCACCAGCGCCACCACGACCAUUGGGGGACAAUGCCUUCGCGCAGUCCGGUCGAUUCAAGAAACAAGCACCGAAUCCCAGACCACCAAUCAAAGAUAUCUUCGAAGACCCAGUGAACUCCACUUUCCUAGAACUCCCAUUUUUGCCAUCAAGCCCAGCAUCCGAAGUAUCUGAAGAUGACACAUCAGAUGCACCUGACGUCGAUACUUGGAUUGAUCAACGCCUAGCUCUAGGUGCCAAGGAAUCCCAGGUGUUCGAUGCUCUGCGAUGUACAAGCAUGGUCCCAGAGAUGGCAGACAAGGUUCUCAAAUACCUCACGGCCGGGAAGGGUAUUCCCGAUGAUAUGCCCGGGGUCUGGACAGCGGAGGAUGACAUCUGUUUACAAGCGGGGGAAUAUGCACGUGUGCGGCGAGCGUUGAAGAAACACGGUGCAGAGGCGUACAAGGAUAGAUGGGAAUAUUUGAGCAUGGCCCGGCAGACGGGGCUCAUUGAAUGA